AUGGAUUCCAUAGCUAUUGUAAUUUUAAAGACUCCGUUUAUUUUGAAAGAUUCUAUUCAAUUAGUUCCAAUCGUAGAGAAAAUUGACUAUCUCAUAACUUCUCAAUGUGUACAUGUUAAACCGGGAAAUUCACAAGAUAUAGAUGAAGCUAUUUUUUAUUACGGAUCAUUUAAUAAAGAUGCCUUCAAUUAUCAAGCAAAGUUCGAUAAAACUACUCUUAUUUCAAAAUCUGCAUUCGAAAACCCACAAUUUCUUAAGAUUAAAAAUAAAACAUCUUUAUACAAGUUUAUUUCAAACCAAGAUCAUGACAUACAGAUUUUUCAUAAUACAGAUGAGCAAUACCUGGGAACUCCUAUACUUUGUCCUCAUUUAAUAAAUCCAAAAAUGUAUUUUCAAGUUGGAAUAGCUAAUUAUUUUUUCCUUGUAAAUUCAAAAACGAAAGAUUUUGUUAACAGCAAAAAAAUACUGUAUUAUAUCAAUAUUGUCGAUCGAUUAUACGAGAUACACAGGAAAAUUCGUAAAAUCUUGAAACUAUAGUUUUCCCAACUAGUGUCCGAAUUUAACACCAGAGAUAAUUGUAAGUUUCUAUUUUUUCUCUUUAUCUGAUUAUAAAGUUUUCUAAUUCAUUCAUUAAUUUAUUCUCUGCUUUUGAAAUUUAGUA